AUGGAUCACCUUUGCGAUCUCGACUUGUCCGCCCUCAUCCUGCUGGCCCCUACGCCAACCCCAGCAGAGGAGCGCCCUUGUGCUGAUCACAUAGCUCCCCUUCCUUCCAUAUUGGACUAUGCCACUAUGCCAUAUACCCAUGCUGCUCUAUACCUUCUCAAAUGCCUCAUGUUAUCAUGCGCUAGGGCUCGCCCUUCGAUCACGAAUUGUGACUUCAGCUGUAUGCCCUAG